AUGGCUGCUGCCGCUGUGCAGCCCAGACUAAGCGGCGCUGGCACUCACGAGGUCGCCGUCCUCGGGCGAAGGCCGCGCCGCGCCCCGGGCGUGCCGCCGCCCGCGGCGCCCGUGCUGCGGAGCGCCGCACACCUGCGGCGGGGCGGCGUGGAGGUUGCCCCGGCUGGCGCCACAGCGUCAGCUGCUGCUGCACGUCUCGCACCUGCGGCGCCGGUUGAGUUGCGGCUCGUCGUGGAUGCCACAGAGCCAUGCAAGGUGCUGGUGCUGCGGCAAGACGGCAGCAAAUUUGGCGAAGCAUCGUUGUCGGCGGGCCCUAGGCAGCGCUGCAGCGUGGCCCUGUCGCUGGAGGCGCCCGCCGCGGCGCCGCCCCGCGGCGGGGGCCGGCCGACGCCCCUCGUCGUCGAGCUGCGGCCCGCCGCGCCGGCGGCGCCAAGCGAGGCCGGGCGCGUGCUCGGGGAGGCCAGCCACCUGGCUCUGCGGCACGCCGGCGGGGCGUGGUGCGCCGAGGUUGCACUCACGAGGAGCUGCUUCUGGCCGCCACCGUUAGCCCCAGCAGCGGCGUCGACGACGUUAUUCGGCGGGAGUUGCUCGAUGCCUACGGUGCUGGAGAGAGCGGUGGCGCAGAGGAACCAUGCGCAGUAUGCUUGCAGGACGGUUUUGACCAUCCCGCUUCGCACUUGUCACCGCGUUGAUGUGUGCGGAGUGCGCGUCGCAGCUGAGAGUACCCGGACAGAGGGCGGUGCCCGCUGUGCAGGCAGGAGGCCUCGGACCUGCUGCGGCUCGCGCGGCGGCCCUGAGGUGCACGAGAUCUGA